UCCUGAAAGGCGGUGAUGGACGUUGAUCCCAAUUUCGGCUUUGCUACGGCAGAGAUUCUCGCGUGGCCUCUCCAUGGUCAAAGAUUCAGAUCGGCGUCACCCCUUGAAUUCGUUCAUGGCACGGACAUGCUUACAAGCGCCUAUGACUUUUCGAUCACGAUCAGCUUUGUUGAACGUUCAACUAGAACCACGACACGGUAUCUACUGUGACUCCAGCCCAGUAAUUGAAGCUCUUUUGGGCAGGGUCCUGCGCGUGAUCUAUUAUGUGUGGAAAACUGCAUCGGCGUCGAAAUGAUGUAUCAAAUGCCAUUAUUCGCAAGCACAUAUGGAUGUAUAUGUAUAUCUCACUGCCGAUUGCAACCGGCGGUAUUCCCUUGCGCCACGGUGUUUGUGGGCCUAUAGGGAACACGUCAAAGGCAGGAUCUCUCCCUGGCCGGGCAACCGAACUUGUGCACAAUGCUGGUGUUUCCUACAUAUCAUCUUUUUGGACAAAGCGAGAUGUCCACUCACUCUGUGUUUCCAUACUGUAUAGCCAUUCAUGCUCAACAUCCUUAAACACUCAUACCCCAGCGAAUGUCUUUCGUCCACGAUGUAGCCGUUUCUCGUCCUACGGCGGAUAUUGGAGUGUUGUUAAGAGACCGGCCGGUGCCUUCACAAACUGCACCUCAUACUGAUGUUGAUCGAAAUACUGGAUGUACCCAUUGGCUCCAGUCAGCUGUGAAUGUUAUAGAUUACUAAAUUGUAGUUGGUCUCGAUAGGUUUGCCGUUUGUAGCUAGUAUGUGAGGGUAAUGACAAUGCUUUGUAUCAUAUCAUGAGAGCCAAAGCCACAAUCAACGGAUAUAUUGGAU